AUGUCCCCCCAAACUCCGCCAACACCUCCAACCCUCCAACAGCUCCUCGCCCGCCUCGCCCUCGCAAAGCGCCUCUUCCUCAAACCAAAACCCAGACGGCGCCGCACACAGCAAACCACCACCACCAAAAAGAAGCCUACAACUACUCCUCCCGCACGCGAAUACUCCCUCCGCAAACGCCCUCCCCCAGUCACCACCCCAACUACCAUCCUCACCUCCUGGCGCGACGAAGACGACAGCACCGACGACGACGACUACGACCCGCGAAUCGAGCGAGCAUACUUGAAACGCAAAAAGCCAGUGAAGCGAGCAAAAACAUCCCCAUCAUCGGAGAAUGGGAACUUGAGCCUCAUCGUGAAGAUCAAGAUCAACAUGGAGAGUGAAGCCGGGAAGGCUUUUCUGGAUACGUUGGGGAUGUAUCAGGAUGAUGAUAACGACCCGCUAAUCGCCGACGAGGGACCUAGGGUUAUAGGAGACGGAGAAGUAGCUGGGGAAAUCACCAACGACCCACAAAAUCCUCCCACUAAAAGGCUACGACCCCAAUACAUUCGACUUUCAGGCCGCGUAUACAAACCUCGCUUCAUCAUCAUCAUCAUCUCUAUCUUCAGCAAGUUCACUACAAACUACCACUAA